GAGCAUAAAAAAGAACAUUCCUUGCGACACUUGCGGUAAGAUUUUUCACUCGCACGUGAGGAUGCGUGUACACAUGCGCAGGCAUAAAAGCAACAGUUUGGCAUGUGAGAUUUGCCGACGUCAUUUAUCGAGUAAAGAAGCUUUGGAAAAACAUCGCAAAACAGUGCAUUUACAUGAUUAUGUCUGCGAUAUAUGUCACAAGAAAAUGAAAUGUAAAAAGAUGUUGCGCGCUCAUAUAAUUAGUCACUUAGAGAGCAAAUUCAAGUGCCCGAAAUGUCCGAAAGUGUACAAAAGUAAACAGUACUUGAAUGACCAUCUGUUGAAGCACGAGGACAUAAAAAAGGACUUUCCUUGCGACACUUGCGGUGAGAUUUUUCACUCGCGCGUGAGGAUGCGUGUACAUAUGCAGAGACAUAAAAGCAACAGUGUGGCAUGUGAGAUUUGCCGACGUCACUUAUCGAGUAAAGAAGCUUUGGAAAAACAUCGCAAAACAGUGCAUUUCCAUGAUUAUGUCUGCGAUAUAUGUCACAAGAAAAUGAAAUGUAAAAAGAUGUUGCGCGCUCAUAUAAUUCAGAGUCACUUAGAGAGCAAGUUCAAGUGCCCGAAAUGUCCGAGUGUAUACACAACGAAACGGAAUCUGAAUGAGCAUCUUCUGUCGAAGCACGACAUAAAAGAAGGUCACUUAGAGAGCAGAUUCAAGUGCCCGGAAUGUCUGAAUGUGUACAAAAAUAAACAGUACAUGAAUGAUCAUCUUCUGUCGAAGCACAAGGGCAUCCGUAAAUAUGAAUGCUAUAUCUGCAAAAAAAGGUUCGGUCAUCGAUCGUGCCUCACAUAUCAUCACAAAGUGCACCCUCUGCCUAGGAUUUUUGUCUCCAAAUGAUCUCAGGAAUCUACCCUUAAGAGUUGAUCCGGUUUUUAUGGUACACUCUGUAUAUAUAUUGACUUUGGAAAUAAAUUUCUAAAAAUUCCAUAUCUUUAUAGUUUUUUGUGACAUUUAUCGCAUACAUAAUCAUGUACGUGCACUAUUUUGUGAUGUUUCUCCGAGGCUUUUUUACUCAAUAAGUGACGUCGGCAAAUCUCACAUACCACACUGUUGCUUUUAUGUCUUUGCAUGUGUACACGCAUCCUCACGUGCGAGUGAAAAAUCUUAUCGCAAGUGUCGCAAGGAAUGUUUUAUAAUUGUAAAAGAGAACAACAUUCAAGAGAAGCGAGAAACA